AUGCAUGUGGAAGCCUUCCCGGAAGCCAUACGGUACUGGGAACGUGCAUAUGAUGGCAAAAUUUUAGACCCCGGCGAUAAAUAUCGUAUGGAAUUAUAUCCUGAUGGCUUCAAGACUCAAAUGCGUUUAACCAUUAGUAACCUACGCAAGGAUGACUUUGGCUUUUAUCAUUGUGUGGCUCGGAACGAACUUAAUGCAACAAUGGUCAAUUUUGAAAUUGCACCACAAGAUCCCAACAGUGAGACACCGUAUGUGGGCAAAGAAAUUAAAGUUUAUGGCCAAAGACCACCCGAAAGCAAUUGUCCAGUAUGUGAAGAAUGCCCCGAUCCAAGUUUAUAUCAGUGCAAGGACUCGAUUAAUUCCAACUUUGAAGUUCAACCGACUGGAAAUAAUAGUUAUCCUGGACUACCAAAACGUCAAAAAAGCUGCCUUUUGUAUGCCGUUGGCAAGCCUGUUUUCCAUAAAUCAGUGAACGAAACGUAUGGCUGUUGGUUGAGGGAUCCUGCUGCCAAAGAAACUGACCGUGAAAAAACCUUUGUUACCAAUGAAAACGACGCCUACAAUCUGUUUGAAUUCACAACGAAAAUACAGUAUCGUUUAAAUAACGUACCACGAAAAAAGUAUGGAAUCAGCGAAGGUUUUUAUGGAAACGCACAUAUUGUAUACAAUGGGUCUUUCUACUAUAAUCAAAGAAAUACAAACUUAGUUGUUAAAUUGGAUUUAGGAACCAUGGAAAAGAUAUCAACUAGUCUGCCUUAUGCUGGCGUUGAACGUAGGAACAAAUUGUACUCUACGGACUAUAACUACAUGGAUUUUAAUGUAGACGAGGUUGGCCUGUGGGUGAUUUACAGCACUUAUGAUUCAAACAAUACACUUGUGGCAAAGUUGGAUGCUGAAAACUUAAGGGUGCAGUAUAAUUUCAACAUUACAUUGGAUCAUCGAAAAUUUGGUGAAAUGUUUAUUGUAUGUGGUCAUCUUUAUGCCAUUGAUUCCUGUUCUGAUAAAAACUCACAAAUACGUUAUGUUGUGGAUCUGUAUAAUGGAAAAUUGCUUAAUGUGGAUUUACCAUUCUCUAAUCCUUUCCGUAAAACAACAACUGUGGGCUAUAAUCCACUAACUGUGAUACAUCCAACUUUUCAGCUUAAGUAUCCAUUGACUGGUCUCCUGUCAAAAUUGCCACAAAUCUUACCACCUCUAUCUUGGCUCUGCCCAGUAGCUUUUUCAAAUAUGUAG